GUUAUUUUAGAGACGGUAGACAGCGAGCAGCAAGCCGUGAGGAAGAAAAAGGGGGACCUGUAAAAGUGUGUGUAGCUAGCAAGCAAGUGCAGCACAGCUAGUUGAGCGACGUUGGACGAACGUGCGCGGGUGCGUGUUUCUCGAUUAUCAGUCGCGAGGGGGGUGGCCGAUGGGAUCUCGACUCUCGCCGAAUCAGCUGGAAAUCGAGAGAAAAUCGCGUGGCAAAGCGAGUGCAAAGGAAGGACGAGACACUCGUCGAGAGUCGAGCAAAGAGAGGGGUAAUAUAGGGAUAUAAUAUUUGGAGGAUAUAGCCAGGCGAAUCGAACGAAAAUAAUCGCGAAACCGCGCGGAGGCACGAUGCUGGCGUGCGUCUAUCCGGCGGAGAGCUUCAAAUCGAAAGCCGUGACGGUGAAGCUACGGCACGGACGAUCCAAGAGAAAGCCGAAGCUGCUGUCCGUAAAGGAGAAACCGGCGGACGGCGGCAAGCAACCGGAAUGCGAUGACACCCCUAAGCUCGAGAACGAGUUACCAGUGGGCGGGGGUGGUGCUGUGCUGGUGCUCAGCGAGCUUGAAAGCAUGGCGGCCAGGCAACAGCGGGAAAUUGCCCAGCAGAGGCGCCUCCUGGAGCAGAGAGAGGCCCGUCUAGCCGUGCUUCGAGGCGCACAGGAGCCAGCACAGCAAGACAAACUCGCCAGAUUGAGGCACAGGCUGGACCAACAACAAAGCAAGCUGAAUCGGCUGCGAUUGCUCAGGUCGCAGACCGACCAGUCACGUGCCAACAAUGCCACGUUGACCUCGGACCUGGACUGCAUCAGGGCGCUGUUCAACGAGAAGGAGAAGGAGCUGUCUUUGGCGGUGGCGAAGGUCGAGGAGUUGACGCGGCAGCUGGAGGAGCUGCGAGGUCGGCAGAACGGGGCCGGGACCGGAAGCGGAGGUGGCGGCGCCGGAGGCGUCGGUGGCGGAGGCGUUGGCAGCGGCGGCGGUGGACAUUUGUCGACGCCGGCCAGCGCCGAGCUGGAAAAACUGAGGAGGGAGCUUAUGUACCGUAAUAAGAUGAACGAGCAGCAGAAUCAGAUGGUGUCACAGCAACGAUUAGCCCUGACGCAACGACAAGCGGAAAUGUCGUCGAUAGACGCGAAGAUAGCUCAGCUUCAGGGUCGUCUCCAGCGUAAGAGAGCCCUGAAUCAACGGCUGAGCCAGCAGCUUGGCUCUGGGAACCGAACGAACGCGAACACCGGUUUCACGGAGUCGAAGCUGGACUUCAACGCCGGGGGGAAGUCGAGACCCGCUGGGAACAUAGCCGCCAUCGAACCGUACUCCCACAUACCGAACGACAACGAUUUCAAUCUGAACAAGAACGACCCCAAGUACCAGACACUGCCUUACAAUACGAAAUUCACGGUGAACUUCAAAGCGGCAGAGGACGACGUCAACAAGAAUAAGAUUCAGCAUUCGGCCAGCGCGUCUCAGCUGGGUCAGAGAGCGGCUUUUCAACAAUUUGGUCAUCAGAUCGCUCACAGCCAGUCCCAGUCGCAUAUCCAAGGUCAGUCGCAAUUGCUAGGCACGAAUCAACAACAGCACAACCAGAACUUGGCUAACCAACCGGUGAACAUGCAACAAAUCUGCAACAACAACAACAACAAUAACAACAACAACAACAACAAUAGCAACAUGAACAACAAUUUGAUCGGCACGUCCCACAAUUUCAGUCCGGAUGGUCUGUCACAGAAUCUUCGGAUCCAUCAGCAGCAACAACAGUCGCAGACACAGCAGCAGCAACAACAGCAACAGCAACAGCAACAACAACAACAGCACGGGAAUAUUCAGCAGAAGCAACACAAUAUUGGUUCGUCAGCGUCGAACCUCGGCACGACGGUAUCCAUUACUCAAACUCAGAAUCACAGGAACCUUCAAACGCAUCAGAAACCAGUGUCCAGCGUGGCGCCAAGUUUCUCCGUCAAGUCUCAGAUCUAUCAGACUUCCUCUACGAAAAUUCACCCUGUGAUGCCGCAGACGUUGAGCCUGAUUGGCCGUGGGCACAACAACGCCCAAAAUUUUGUCGGUCUGAGCACUCAGAAUACCAAUCAACAACAGUCGAAUCAAUCUGUCCCCAGUAGCCAAACACCGAAUCAGGAUCAGACUUACACGUCGAGGCACAACUACCCCAUGAUCCAGCACUCCACACAAGCAAACACUCACGUCUCUUCGUCGUCGGUCUAUCAGACGCAAAAUUCUCCCAAUCCUCCGUCGACUAUUCACACGUCGUCCAGCGGGACCAGUUUCGGGAAUUCGGUUCAGAGGUACAAUCAGACUCAGCCACUGACCAGCCCUACAUCCAGCAACGAGCAGAACGACAAGAUGAAGUUCGAGCAAGGGAAAGGCCAAGAGAAGUUCGAACUCAUGCUCCCGGUCAAACACGAGCAGCAGAGGUACGAACCGAAUCAGGUGUUCAAGUACGAUUCUCAUCAGGUGAAGUACGACCAACAUUCGAAGUACGAUCAGCAUCAGUCCACGAAACUGUACGAGCAGUCGAACAAGCACGAGCAAACCGGCAAUCAGACGAGUAAGUACGACAACGUGUCGAAGAUCGAGCAAGGAAAGUACGAACCUGUUCAGAAUAAACACGAGCAAAUUCACGGAACAAAGUACGACCCUAAUCAGAAUACUCAACAAUACGGCAAGCACGAUCAACACGAGGUCAGACCGUCGGUGGUCAAGUACGAGCACAAUGCAGGCUUCAAGCACGAGUCGUCGAACAAAUACGAGAUCGGCGGUGGGCAACAGUUCAAGCAGGAGCCGGUCAAAUUCGAGAACAGUCAGAUUAAAUUCGAACAGGGCUCCAUGACGAAACACGAUCACAACGGGAAGUUCGAAAUGCCUGCGAAAACCGCGGAGAAGACGUUCGAGUUCGACAGGUUGAAGAACGAGAACGAGAGGAAGAGCACGGGCGAGGACAAGACGAAACCGGCGUUACCUCCGAAACCGAGCAAACCGAAUCCUCCGCCACGGUUGACACAUCACGAAAAGAUCGACAAUUCGAACGACGACUGCAAGAACAAUUUGGGAAUCAGUACGAG